AUGGAGCUCGACAAUACUUCAACGCCCCUCAACUGGGCACCAACAACGGAAUUUGCAGGUCCCGAGGUCGAGCAAUUCGCCAAUGCACUCGAUGACUGCCUGACGGGACGCGCACCCGGAUACGAUGCUCGUGAGCGCCUGCUUGCGCUGCCGCGCAUAUUCCACAAGAACGCGACGCAGCGUCUGGCGAAGCUUCGACCUGGGAGGCUGCGGACGGGCGAGGACAUGGACAUGGACACGGACGAAUUGGACAAUGAGAGCUCGCAUGACACAGAGGCCGAGAUACAACGACUAGAAAAGGAGAUUCAGACGUGGGAUCUACUGCAACGAGUGCUUCCGCUACGAUACUCCGAUGCCGAGAACGAGUCACACGUUGCGCGCUUGGAACGGGUGGCAGACAAACCCAGUCGUGCGACGACGCUGGAAUCCUUCUUCGAGAGCGACCCGACUGCCCGCGAGCGAAGGGCCGUGCUGCAGUGGCUGCAAACCAGCGCGGCUUCCGGCCCCGACAUUGACGAGAUGACACGUGAGCUGCAGCGGAAUGCGGAUCGAGGCGAUAUCAUUGCACACGGCUGGCUACACACACGCUCUGCGAUCAAGAUGAAGAAGAGCGUCACGGGCUGGUCGCAAUUACUAGAUCAGCAGCCUGGGAACGGCACCUCUAAUCACCUGACCUCUUCGAGCGAACCCAUGGUCACACAGCUCGACCCCGAUGCGUGCACGCGGCAGGGACGCAAGCUACAGCCCCAAGACGAGUACUUUGAGCGCGCCAUCUGGCUGGGCUGCUUCGAGCAUCUACGUCGGGGCAGCACUGCGGCCACGAUCCAGGAGUGGUGCCAAGAGAGGACAGAGGUGUGGCGUUCCGUCUCCAUGUCAGGCUUGCUCCUGCCGGCACAAGACGGCAAUGAGACAGCCACGGAUCUGAGUGCGAGCUCGUUGGUGCUUUGGCGGCGCAUGUGCUAUGCGCUAGCAACGCAGGGUGGGACGAGUGAUCAUGAGCGUGCUGUCUACGGCGUGCUUUCCGGAGACAUUGAGAGCGUUGAAAAGGUGGCCAGGUCCUGGGACGAUCUCCUCUUCGCUCACUACAACGCCCUCCUGCGCACGCAGCUGGACUCUUUUCUUUUGAACCAAUGCGCGGGAGGAGAGGCGGCGCACCUCACACAGACUUUCCCUUCGCUGAACGCCGUGUCGGCGCACGGUGAAGAGGCGGGCGUGGAGAAGCGUCUCGUCAGGCAGCUCGCAGCUCGUCCCUCUGUAGCCGACGAGGCGAAGGAGCCGACCAAGGCGUUGCAGGCUUCCAUUGUUGCCAAUGAGUUGCAUCAAUACCUAUCCGAGCAGGGUCGUCACCUGGCGUCCCCGUCCCGCGGUCUCGAUCAGCCACAAUACUUUCAGCACGCGCAGACCGGUGGCUUGCGUAUUAUCGCGCACGUCUACGUGCUUCUUUCGCUGCUUGAGGGUGUGACAGCAAUUUCCAUUGAGCAGCGCAAGACGGAAGACGAGAUCAAAGCGCAAGAAACGAUUGUCGCAUGGUACGCCGGGUACCUGCGUCGACAGCAGCUCCAAGAGCUAAUACCCUUGUAUUCUUGUGUCUUGACGAUACCCCGGAGAUAUGAAGUGCUGAGCGAGAAUCUCAUCGAGGAGGAGGAAACAGAACGCCGAAUCACGCUGUUGAAACUAGCUCGCAAGGCCAACAUUGACACCAUGGAGUACGUUAGGACACAGGCAAAUAUCUUCUACCAAAAGGUCGCCGAGUCUCCGACAGCAACCAAGGGGGCUCCAGCCGUUUUCCGGAUUUUGGAGGAGAGCACGCCCGAUUCCCAGUCUGGACAGUUCAUCAAGGCGGACUUUCUCGGUGACGACGAAGAGCAGCUCGCCGAUUCUCUGGAUGAGUAUCUCGUGCGGUCCCUGGAGUGGCUGUUGCUCGUCGACGAGGCGUGGCCAGAUGUUUUUAGCAUGGGUGUGAAAGCAUUUGUGUUCUUUUUGCGCAACAUGCAUCUUGACGCAGCAAGGCGGUUGAUGAAGAGCAUAUCGUUCAGCGCCAUCCUGGCGGAGCGCUUCGGUGUGGAAGACGAGUCGAUGGCGAACAGCAUCGAUUUCUGGGCUGAGCAGCUGGAAGGGUUGCCUGGUAACGUGCAGGCGUCGCCUCUUCAGGUCAUGACCGAUGCGCAAAAUUUCCGUGAUCUGGGUCAUCUGGUGCAGGCGUUGGAUAGUCUGGAGACGACAGGGGCCUUUGCUACCAUUGCCGGAGAUGCCGAUGUCAACACAAAGGCAGCUCAAUGGCGUCCGGAGCUCAUCAACGCCGUCAAGAUCACAAAGGAGAGCAUGCAGCCGCUGCUGCACAACUGGAUGCUUGCUAGCAUCCAGGACGGCAACGAAGCCCUGGCCGAGAUCCGCCAGAUGUAUUUGCCCGAGACGAUUCUGGCCUAUGUCAAGUCCCUGCACUUUGCAGGCACGCGUCUGACGAGGGACUAUCUCCUAGAGUGCAUGGACCUCGCGACAAUCAUCACGGAACGCGACGCCGACCUGGAAGCCACCUUUGUCGAGGCGAAACGAGUCCGGGAGCUUCUCGAGGCGUUUGCCGUCAGCAGCAAGGCGCUGGCUAUGGCGCCAGGGGAGAGGACGGGCGCGCCGACAAAGUCUGGGGCCAAGAAGCUACGGGAGAAGGGGUGGACAAGAGACAUUUGGGCUGCUCUCCUCGAUGGCGUGUCAAACGGGCAGCUUCACAACAGCCGCAUUAUCUCGCUCAUUACGAACCGGAAAAGUGCGCACGCCACUGUUCGUGCGGACAAGGCGGGUAUUCCUUGGGAGUACUUCAACCUGAUCAGCCACGGGUUCUUGGGGAAAGGAGAAAAAGACGAGCAGAAGGUAGCGGAAGGCCGCCGAAAUUACGACGCUGCAUUGGCCGAAAGGAUUCUCUCAGCAGAAAAGGAAAGGCCUGAGUUGAUUGUUCUCGCCGGCUGGAUGCACGUUUUCUCGCCUGCCUUCCUCGAGCCGAUCGAAAGGGCGGGGGUGCGGAUCAUCAACCUCCACCCAGCGCUACCCGGGGAGUUUGACGGGGCCAACGCUAUUGAGCGAGCGUUCGAGGAGUUGAAGGCUGGGCGUCUAACACGCACAGGCAUCAUGGCCCACUACGUGAUCGAUGAGGUGGAUCGAGGCGCCCCCAUUCUGGUCCAGGAGAUCGAGUGGAAGGGAGAAGGGCUGGAUGAGCUGAAGGAGAGGAUACAUGCCCACGAGCACGAGUUGAUCGUAAAGGCGACGGCCAAGGUGGCGCAGGAGAUAGUGGAUGGCAGGGGAUCAUAA